GGUCCGGGAUGGCACGCUGACUCUCCUCAGGGAUGUGGGCAGGGUGCUGGGCUGGGUGAGUCGUGACAGCAGAAGGUCUGGACCCCCAACUCAGCCCGCUGAGACCCCCACACCACUCCACCUGCAGUCUUCGCCAUGGCAGCCCAGAUUGGAAACGCUAGUUUUGCACCCAACUUCAGUCCGGCUCAAGACCAUACCUCCCCCGUCCCCUUCAAUUUCAGCUACGGUGACUAUGACCUCCCUCUGGACGAGGGUGAGGACAUGACCAAGACCCGGACCUUCUUCGCUGCCAAGAUCGUCAUCGGUGUGGCACUGGCAGGCAUCAUGCUGGUCUGCGGCGUUGGCAACUUCAUCUUUAUUGCUGCGCUUGCCCGCUAUAAGAAGCUUCGCAACCUCACCAACCUGCUCAUCGCCAACCUGGCCAUCUCCGACUUCCUGGUGGCCAUCAUCUGCUGCCCCUUCGAGAUGGACUACUACGUGGUGCGCCAGCUCUCCUGGGAGCAUGGCCACGUGCUCUGUGCCUCUGUCAACUACCUGCGGACCGUCUCACUCUACGUCUCCACCAAUGCCCUGCUGGCCAUCGCUAUCGACCGAUAUCUCGCCAUCGUUCACCCCUUGAAACCACGGAUGAACUAUCAAACGGCCUCCUUCCUGAUCGCUUUGGUCUGGGUGGUGUCCAUCCUCAUCGCCAUCCCGUCGGCCUACUUCACCACGGAGACGGUCCUGUUCAUCGUCAAAAGCCACGAGAAGAUCUUCUGCGGCCAGAUCUGGCCGGUGGACCAGCAGCUCUACUACAAGUCCUACUUCCUGUUCAUCUUCGGCGUGGAGUUCGUGGGCCCCGUGGUGACCAUGACCCUGUGCUAUGCCAGGGUCUCCCGCGAGCUCUGGUUCAAGGCGGUGCCGGGCUUCCAGACUGAGCAGAUCCGGAAGAGGCUGCGCUGCCGCAGGAAGACAGUGCUGGUGCUCAUGUGCAUCCUCACAGCCUACGUGCUAUGCUGGGCGCCCUUCUACGGCUUUACCAUUGUGCGCGACUUCUUCCCCGCCGUAUUCAUCAAGGAGAAGCACUACCUCACGGCCUUCUACGUGGUCGAGUGCAUCGCUAUGAGCAAUAGCAUGAUCAACACCGUGUGCUUCGUGACCGUCAAGAACAACACCAUGAAGUACUUCAAGAGGAUGAUGUGGCUCCACUGGCGGCCUGUGCACCAUGGGAGCAAGUCCAGUGCUGACCUGGACCUCAAAACCAGCGGCAUGCCAGCCACGGAAGAGGUGGACUGUAUCAGGCUGAAAUAACCCGCUGGCGUCCGGAAAGCCCAGAAGCCGGAACUCUGCACAUACUCCAUCGGUAGCCAAGUUCAUGCUGGGCUGCCCGGGGAAGGAUAGCUGUGUUCCAUGCCUCACAGCCCUCAAGGGGCAGGAGGCUGCUCGGUCCUGACAUGCGUUGAGACUCGAGACAGGUAACAGCAACUGAGAUUGACCGAACAGCUACUGUGUGCUGGCCGCACCAAGGAGAUCCGACAAGGCCCCCAUUACCUACUGUGGGCCGAAAUUAAAUAACAAGACAAAAUGGCAGAAGUUGUUGGAAUCACCAAGCUAGGGCCAGUCAGGGGCCUCAGAUGGUUAUCUGCACUCACUCUCCAUCUCCCUACCUGCAUUCUGCAUCUCAUCAGGGCAGGAACAUCAAAAGUCUAUAGAAUAAACCACUUAGCCAUGACCAAACAUAAGGAUGAGUUCAUCAGAGUGUGUGGGGUUUAUAGCCUUGUGGGAAGAGGGUUCAUGCCAUCCCAUUGAACUUUCCCACUCCAUUCGUACUACCUCCCUAAAGAUAUUCUCUAGGAUUCUGGCUGUGAGAAAAACAAUUUUCUCAUAACCAGGCCAUUGGUUAGCUACAAUGGUGUAAUUUCAAAGGAAAGGACCAAAAAAAUCUCUUUUCCACUGAUGCUUGCAAGCUCAUCAUGCUUUUGGGUGAAGACAUGCAGUCCUGAAAUAAGGAAC